GACGCUCUGAUCCUGAACUGUGUCAGCGAGCGGCGGUGAUUUCUGGCUGACGGGACGUUAUCGUCUGAUAUUCUAAUUAGUGCUACAUCAAAACAGGAAGGAGGUCUGCGGCUCCCCGAGGACAGGAUGCCUGUCCAACAACGCCUCUGUCUCUCUGCAGGGAGGAGUCGAGGCAAAAUAAAAACCAGAACGUGUUCGAAGCUCAGAUGAGGAAGAAACGUCCAGAGAUGGAGAGGAGGAAGAGGAGGGAGCGACGAAGAGGCGAGGAAGAGGAGGAGGAAGAAUAACCUGCAGUUUGAUCGCGAAGCCAAAGAACUGGAAGAAAAUUAGAAAAUAUUUCACAAGAAUCUGCAGCUCUUCUUUCAUCAGCUCAAUAAAGGAUGAAGGAAUGAGGACGACUCCGAAUGCUCCGCAGUCCGUCAGGUGCAGCGCGCCGUCCUGCAGCUGCGCCUCUUUUAAACCCGGAAAGGUCAAGCUGAGGUCAUGUGAUCGCUGCGGACACGGCUGGGUGGAGCACGCUCUGGAGAAGGUCCAGGCCCGGUCGGCGUCCGGCCCGGUGGAGGUGGCCCUGCCGGGUCCGGUGUUUGACCUGAGCUCCCUGGUUCUGUUCGGGGCUCAGGCUGUUCCCGUCCAGCUGAAGAUCUUACUGGACCGGCUGUACAGCGUCCUGCCUCCAGAGCAGGUGGGCCAGAUCCUGACCGGUCUGGGCUGGACUCUGGGUGAUUACGUCCGAGGAUACAUGCUGCAGCGUCCUGGUGGGGGCGUGUUGGAGCGCUGGGACACGGCCACGCCCCGAGAGCAGCUGCUGCUCCUCAGACAGUUCCUGCUUUCGGAGAGACGCGGCCCAUCGUGGAGGAGAUGA